CCCGAUCCCCCAUGUCCCCUCGCCGGCGAGGCACGGCAGGCGACAGCGACUUCAUCUCGCCUACUCGCCGCGCCACGGGCCUGGAGGACACCGGCAGUGGCGUCCGCCGCCGCAGUUCGGUGGCCUCGCGCCGCAGUGGUAGUGGUGUCCCCAGUUUGGCACCUCGAACCACCCUGGCUGAGCGCACCCAAGGCCGAUUCACCAUGGCCGGCCCGGACGAGACCCCUCAACUGCGUCUGGCCCAUGAGCCGUUCGUCCAGCCCGGGUAUGGCGAUCUCAACCCGUCCUACGAGCAGCCCGCCAAUGCCAAACCCGUCUGGGGAUUGGCCAAACCCCUGCCCCGUGUCGUGCGGCCAGGCAUGGUGCCCACCAAGGAGGAGCUGCUGGAAGCCCGGGCCAAUAUCCAGCUGCCGGCCGAGAACUCCCAGAAGCUGGGGUUGGACGUCGACCCCAAUGACCUCGAGCAGGGACAGAUCGAGAAGACGGCGGAUCCGCGCAAGAUGGCUGCCCAGGUGGAGGAUGCGCGGCUGCAGCGAGAGAACAACUUCAUGAACAAGAUCCUGAGUGGCGAUGCCACCACCACAAGACAAGGUUCGCGCCUCUCCCGCACCUCGUCCUCUCGCAUCCGCCGGCCGUCGGCCUGGGAUCUCCCCCCGGAGAACCUGUCCACCGUGCCCGAAGGCGAAACCCCUGACCCCAGUGACACCCAAGAGGUUCCCCAGCACCUGAGUGACGAGCCCUUGGAGCCCGUCCCUGAGGAGCCCGAGCUGCGCGCUGACGAUGGGAAGGACGUGCUGGACGAUCUCCCGAAUCUGGAGGAGAUCGAGGCGGCCUAUCCGGACGACUUGCAUCCUCUGGUGCAGGAGCUGGUGGAGGACGAGGUGCACAACAACCACACGACCUGGUCCGUCAUCCGGACCCAUCACCGCGAGGCGCUGGCCGAGUCCCUGGGCGUUUUCGUGCAGCUCUUCGUCGGCUUUUCGGUCGAUCUGGCCGCGACGCUGGGGGGCAGCGGUAAUCCCAACACCACCGCCUGGGGCUGGGGGUUUGCCACCAUGAUGGCCAUCUACGUGUCCGGUGGUGUGUCGGGUGCCCACCUCAACCCGACCAUCACCGUCAUGCUCUGGUUCUACCGCGGUUUUCCCAAGCGGCUGAUGCCCGAGUACUUUGCGGCCCAGUUUCUCGCGGCCUUCCUCGCCGCGCUGGCCGCCUACGGACUAUACUACGAAUCGAUCACCCACUAUCAGCUGAGCAAUGCCAGCACCGAUAUCAUCAACAGCUUUGUGACCAACCAGCGGGAGGCCUGGAUUGGACCCGGCACGGCCUUUUUCACGGAAUUCAUGGGGACUAUGGUUCUCUCGACGGUGGUAUUGGCGCUGGGUGACGACCAGAACGCGCCUCCGGGGGCGGGCAUGAACUCGCUGAUUGUGGGCCUCAUGGUGACCUGCCUGACCAUGACCUUUGCCUAUCAGACCGGUGCUGCACUCAAUCCCAGUCGCGACUUUGGCCCGCGACUUGCCCUGCUGGCGGUAGGGUAUCCCUCGUCGCUGUUCACCAACCCCUACUGGUUCUACGGGCCGUGGGCCGGCUCCUUGUCGGGCUCUUUCAUGGGCGCGUUCCUGUAUGACUUCUUCAUCUUUACGGGUGGUGAGUCACCGGUCAACUACCCCUGGGAGCGCACCCAGCGGGCGAUGCGGAAGAGUCGGAUGAAGUGGGGGAAGCGAUUGCGUCUGUCGCGGCUCUCGCGUCGCGAGCGGGGGGAGAAGACUGUUCGAUAAGGACAGUAAGUUGGCUGGAUUCUAUUCAGGGGGGGUGGAUUCCGUGGGUUGUCCUUGGUUGACCUGAGUUGACCUGAGUUGACCUGGGUUGACCUGGGUUGACCCGGGCUGACCCGGGCUUUCCUAGGGUUGUUUGUCAGGGGGUGUCUAAUUCAUCGAUAGUCUGGACUUGAUGAGCGAAGCAUUAAUAUUGUACAUACAUAUGUUCGUGUGAUUACUGCGUUGUUCAAUUGAGCUACGAUAUUUGUUUCUUCGAA